AUGGCAUCAUCGAAACGAAGAUCUGCGGCACUGCCCACCUCCAACAAGAAGAAGAGCAAACAGUCGUCACCUCUUUUAUCGCUGGCGGAACUUAAUUCAUACUGUGAUUUACUACUUGAUCCUAACUGCAAGAACUAUAACCAUCUAACACCAUUACUUGAGCAAUACCCUUUGAUCAAGAAGGAGCUUCGUGAUAAUGGCGUGCGCGGAUUAACUGAAGUGGAAAAGAACGGCCGUCAAUUGACAGUGACGUUGUUCAAAGUCUUCCAGGGCUUGGUCAGGAACGGUGCUUUAAAAUACACCAAAUCCGGAGACGAAAAGAAACAAAUGGUGGUGAAAUGGUUUAAUGCCAAAUAUGAUACGUUCAAAAACAUUCUCCUCGAGUUCUUAAAAGAAAGGCUUUCAUAUGAAUCGUCCCUUCAAUUGGAUAUGCUUGAGAUUAUGUUUGAACUCAUUAAAUUAGAAGCCUCCUAUAUGAAAUCCAAUGAGAAAGACGCCUAUUUCCCCACAGCAACAUAUAAGAAAAUGGUUGAAAAUAUCCUUCAAAGCGAAAAUGAGUUCAUAGUAUUGGCAUUUAUAGAGACAUUCGUGAAAUACUGGGACUUACAGUUCUAUUUCGUUAACGACUUGAAUGAGCCAUUAACGGUAUGGAAAGCAACUGAGCAGUUAUCCGACUCUCAAUUGAGUUUGAUCUUUGACAACUUCUACUUGAUCAUGAAGAAUCAACUCCUUUUCACUGACGAUUAUGAUGUUUUACGUUCAGAAGACGUUUUGGUUCGCUCAAAGUUACCCAAUGUCUUAUACAAGCUUACGCACUUUAAAACCCAAUACCAAAGGGCAUUUGUCACCGUGUUAUCGUACCCACUCUCAGUGCACCAGUAUAAAGAGAUCUUGGUUAUCUUACAUAAACGGAUUAUCCCCAAUAUGGAACAACCUCAAAGUCUUAUGGACUUCUUAACCGAUGCCUAUAACGUUAGUGAUGAUAGUUCAGUACCACUUUUGGCAUUAAAUUCUCUUUAUGAAUUGAUGAAGUCUUACAACUUGGAAUACCCGGAUUUCUAUACCAAACUUUACACCUUAUUGACUCCAGACAUACUUUAUUCUCGGUACCGGUCCAGAUUCUUUAGACUCUGCGAUUUGUUCUUAUCUUCUACACAUUUAUCUGCUGCAUUGGUUGCCUCUUUCAUCAAGAGAUUGGCUCGUUUGGCUAUCAGUGCAAGUGCUUCAGGUGUGGUCAUAGUGAUUCCAUUCAUCUACAACCAACUUAAAAGACAUCCCUCAUGUAUGAUCAUGUUACACAACCCUGAAGGAGCCAAGCAAUCGAUUCAAACAGACCCUUUCAGUGAAACAGAACUGAAUCCAUUGGAAACUAAUGCGUUGAAUUCUUCAUUGUGGGAAUUGGAAGCUCUAAUGAACCAUUACCAUCCAAAUGUGGCAACCUUGGCAAAGAUAUUUGCCCAGCCAUUCCGUAAACCAAGCUACAACUUGGAAGACUUUUUGGAUUGGAGUUAUACUUCUUUAUUAGAAUCGGAAGAUACAAGAAGGUACAAGGGACUUGCAGCACUUGAGUUUGAAGAAUACCAAGCACCAUUUGAGUCUAAAGAAACGCCAAACGCUUAUGUUUCUGGCUGGGAAUUGUAA